UUGAUACAUUUGGCCGUACUCUCUCUUUACUCUAUAACGAAUUGCAAAUUUUUAUUUGGUUUUUUGCUUCCCAAUAGAGCAACAUUAUCUUUAACGAAGAAGCAAUAAAAUGUUUUUAAAAAGCUCAGCAGUCGGUUAAAAAGUUCGAGUACUUAACAGCGGUUAAUUCAUUUCAAUCAAAAAUUUAAAUUCAAACUCAGCACCACUACUCAAUUUGUAAAAGAGUAACUAAUUGAUUUCAGUAGAUAAAUUAAUUAUGAAUUGUACCUAUACUACAUUUCAAAACUAAAACUUUAUAACAUAAAACAAACACAUAGACGAAGAACACACUUUGAGAUGUUUUAGAAAACACAAGUAUGACAAUUACAUAAAUUAACAGUUAAACACGUUUUCAUGAAUGCACGGAAAAAUGGACAAAGUUCAGACUAUAAGACUUCUUUAACUUAUUCAAAUAUACCGAUAACCGACAUGAAGUUUCAGUUUACAUUUCGGCUUGUGCUCGUUCUCAUACCAUAUUAUUGUAUUGUAAUUAGAAUUACAUACAGCUGCCAAUUUUCAUGACACUACGAUACUUGGAAGAUGGGUUAAUUAGUUACCUUAGAGUCCAUUACAUAGUUGCGUACAGGUCGCCCUAAUACAAGCGUGUUAAUAAAUAAAUCGAUAUUAUCUUUGGUUAUCGUAGCUGGACAGAAAUGUUGAAAAUGUAUGAUGUCGUGUCCUAUAAGGGACGAACCAAAUUUUAAGGAAUACAUUAUUAUUGACAUUUUCUCAUUUAUUUAUUAGAAAACUGUAUAUAAAUCACUGUUAGUGCUUAGUUAAGUAUCUAGUAAUAUUGUUUGCGAUAGUUAAGUCUAAUUGCUUUGUUCUUAUGAAUUAUUUUCUCGGAGAAAAGUGGUAUUUUCAUGGCCAACGAUGCAUUCCAGCGACGCCUAUCAUGGUAAUCUUAUCACACUAGUAUAUAAAGCGUCUGUCACGACAAGAAUGCAUCAGUGCAUCUGAGCUGAGAUCGAAACACAGACCUACAUACAACAUGUUGAAACUGGUGGUGUUGUCCUGCAUCGUGGCCGCAGCAUCAGCAGCCUUGCUGGCGCCCUUCACGCCUCUAGCCUAUACAGCGCCUUUCCUGGCGCCCUACGGCAAUUACAGGGGGCCGCUGUCCCUCGCUCCCGGCCAGCCCGCCAACAUCCUCGCCGCCGACGGCAGGCCGCUGGACACCCUGGACGUGAACUUGGACCGCUCUGCUCACCUCACCGCCAAGGCGCUUGAGAGUGGCGUGCACCUGCUGAAGAAACGCUCGGCUGCCCCGAUCGCGCCGGUCGGCCACGUGGCGGUAGCUGCGCCCCUGGUCCACGGCGCGCGACUCGCCUACACCGCGCCCGUCAUCAGCUCACGCCUGGCAGUGGCUCCCGUCACCUACGCAGCACCCAUCGCUCACUACGCUCAUUGGUAAAUUGUGGCAUAAGUAGAUAGUAAUAUGGGCUGCUGCUGUAGAUAGUAAUACUAAAUACCUUCAUGUAUUAAAUCAAAUUGGAAUGUACUUUUUGUAUAUUUUUUCUCUCAAUAGAGGUAUACUUUCCCAUUGUUUUAGCGAAUAAGUUGUGCAAUCCAUUGCGGUCUUGUCUUGUGAUUCUGUUUUAUAGCUUAAUGUUAUGUUCUUCAUAAACAGCAACAUCAAUUUCUUGUUUGUUAAGCAAAUCUUUUGUUUUCAUCAAUUAUUAUCAUAUGUCGUCAUUAAAUGGAACGCGUAGUUAUAGGAAGGUUUUAAUCUGCAGGCUGAUGACAUUUGUCUGGCCAAAGCUAUAUAGUUCUGGAGACAGCUAGUUAUAAAAAUAAAUGAUGGCAAAUGUACAUUAUUAGCUGUUAAAA